CGGGGAAACUAAACGUAAGGACUUGACAAGGUCGAUCAUCAGUGUACUAAGUCUUACUACAAAAACCAAAAAAUAUGUAGAAUAUACAUUUUCAAUUCUUACAAUAUUUUCCAAAUCAACAUGGCUUCUUCAAUAAAAUGUCUCCGAUCCCUCACUACACGACCCAUAUCCCAUCUCCAUCUCAAACCUUCUAUCCCUAUAUCUAUAAUUCACCGGCGCAAUGCCUCAUCCAAACACCCUGUUGGUUUCGAGCCUCCAACCUCUGCUGAUCUUCUGGAGCUCCGCGAACGUGUUCAAGAAUUCACAAGACGAGAAAUCCCCGAAGCUCUCGCUUCGGAAACAGAUAAAUCGAAUUCAUUUCCCAAUCAUAUGUGGCAGAAAUUCGGAGAUGCAGGGUUCCUCGGUAUAACAGCUUCUGAAGACGUGGGUGGACUUGCUAUGGGAUAUCAAGCACAUUGUAUUGUUAUGGAGGAAAUAUCUCGUGCUUCGGGUAGUAUUGGGUUGAGUUAUGCUGCCCAUUCACAAUUAUGUGUGAAUCAAUUGCAAUUGAAUGGGAAUCAGGAACAGAAGAUGAAGUACAUGCCGGGGUUGAUUGAUGGGAGUAAGAUUGGUGCUUUGGCUAUGAGUGAGAGUGGUGCUGGCAGUGAUGUGGUCAGUAUGAGGACUACGGCAAAGAAGGUGGAUGGAGGUUAUGUGUUGGAUGGGACAAAAAUGUGGAUUACCAAUGGACCAGAUGCAGAUGUCAUUGUGGUUUAUGCGAAGACCGAGCCUGAGAAGGGAUCGAAGGGAAUUACCGCUUUCUUAGUAGAAAAGGGAUUCAAAGGAUUUAGUUGUGCGAGAAAACUGGAUAAGAUGGGGAUGAGAGGAAGUAAUACUGGAGAAUUGGUUUUCGAAGGAGUGUUUGUGCCCGAAGAGAAUGUUUUGGGAGAGCUGAACAGGGGUGUCAAAGUAUUGAUGGAAGGUCUUGAUAUUGAGAGAUUAGUUUUGAGUGCCGGGCCUUUAGGUAUCAUGCAAGCUGCCUUGGAUGUUGCACUUCCAUUCACACAUCAGCGCAAGCAGUUCGGUCAACCAAUUGCACAUAAUCAGCUUGUUCAAGGAAAACUUGCAGACAUGUACACAAAGUUGCAAGCUUCAAGAGCUUAUACAUAUGAGACAGCAAGGACUGUUGAUGAAACGGGCAGUAUCCGAACACAGGAUUGUGCAGGAGCAAUUAUGUAUGCUGCCGAGCGAGCUACAGAAGUCUCAUUAGAUUGCAUACAAUUGUUGGGUGGAAUGGGUUAUGUUGAAGAAAUGCCAGCUUCGAGAUUAUUACGGGAUGCAAAGCUCUACGAGAUUGGUGCUGGUACUACUGAGGUUAGGAAAGUGGUUAUAGGAAGAGCUUUUAACAAAGAAUAUAGUGGCUUCAGUGCUUGAAAAUAGAAUAGGAUUGUUAAAUUGAGCAUAGCGAUGGUCUUGAUGCCAUAUAAUAUACCAUAGCAAUGAUUAGAGCAUGUUUA